AGUAAACCUGAGUCGACCUAAAAAAGCUCGAUUAGGUCAGACUAAUUUGAGUCCUGCUUGGGUAAGAUUAUUUUAUGUUGAUAGAAUUGAUCAAGAAAGCCGUCCCUUGGAUAAUAAAUAUAGUUAUCCAGAUUGUGAGAUAAUAAAUAUAUUAAUUGGAAUCAAAAUAUUUAGUGAUAUUGACAUUAUACACCCAGAAUUUGAAGGUAGAGAAAAAUAUGGAAAAUCUGUACGUAGUGGCUGCCCACCAUGCUCUUAUGAUGAUCAUGAUCAUGGAACACAUAUUGCAGGAGCUGGAUCACAUACAUAUGAUGUUGCCAAAAAUCUACUCUCAUUGCAGUCAAGGCAUUAUCAAAAAAGAAAGAAAUCAUCAAUUGUGAACAUAUCACUUGGAGGCGGAAAUAGUAAAGACGAUGCAUGCAAUUCUUCACCUUCUUUAGCCCUUCCAGCUAUUGCUGUGGGAGCUGUUCAAAACACCGACAAUGAUGCACUUUCAAGUUAUUCUAAUAUUGGUCCUUGCAUUCCAAUGUAUGCUCCAGGCCCGUAA